AUGAGGGGAGAAUCGUAUUUCUUUGGACUGAGAGAGCCUGCUCACUCGAACCGUUUCCCAGACGAUGUGGGACUUUUCUUACUGGACUCUGUAGACCAAGCAAAGGAUGCCAAGUUAUGUUUUGUAGAAGAUUUCCAUGAAAUAACUGAUUUCAAUGACCUUCCCAACUCCCUCUUCGCUUGCAAUGUUCACCAGUCUGUGUUUGAAAAUGAGGACAGUAAGGAAAAAUUUGAGGGCUUAUUCCACGCUUAUGACGACUGUGUGACGUUUCAGCUCUUUAAGAGUUUUCGGCGGGUACGGAUAAACUUCAGCAACCCGAAAUCGGCUGCUCGUGCCAGAAUAGAGCUUCAUGAAACGCAGUUCCGGGGGAAGAAGUUAAAACUGUACUUUGCACAGGUCCAGACCUCUGAGACUGACGGGGACAAGAGACAUUUGGCUCCCCCACAGCCAGCAAAGCAGUUUCUCAUCUCUCCUCCCGCCUCACCUCCCAUCGGCUGGCAGCCGGUUAGUGACGCGACGCCUGUUAUCAACUACGACCUUCUUUGCGCCGUUUCGAAACUGGGACCAGGUGAGAAAUAUGAGUUACACGCGGGCACAGAGUCCACUCCAAGCGUCGUGGUGCAGAUCUGUGACAGCGACUCGGAGGAAGACCCAAAGAAUUUGCCAAAGCCAAAAAUUAUUCAGACUCGACGUCCAGGCCUGCCUCCUCCGGUGUCUAACUAA